CCAUGUUGUGAUUUGAAGAAAGCAACUCUCUCAGCAUGAAACGGCCAAGAGGGCCGGGAGCGUUCGCCAUGCCAAAGCUGCCUUUCAGCAGGCUGAGGCCUUUAGCUCUCCUCGCCUUGGGCGUCUACUUGGACCUCCACCCGUCCUUCAGCCAGCCGCGAUUGGAGCUCCAACUCGACAGGCAGCCAGCUACACGAAGCACCAGCGAGGAGUGGUUUUCCUUUGGCAGAACCACCCUGAAUGGUCUACAAUGCUGUCGCGAGUGGAGGUGCACAACAACACGCGCUCAAGCACGUGGUCGCUGCAGGCCUUGGGCUUCUCGCUCUCCUUCCUGGACUGCUGACAUUACACGCCAGGUGCCUUCGCAGCUCAUCAGCUGGGAAAGCACCAGCGGAAUGAAGAACGCGGGCAUCGCCUCCUUCCGACCGCUGCAGCGGGUGGAGGGCCAAGCGGCCUGUGAAGUGGAGGUGCAGAUGAGCAUCAGAGCCCCCAGCUUCUUGAGGCGGCUCUUCCAGUCCCGGCGCUUGAGCAGCUUAGCCGCCAGCGCCAUCGGCAAGGAUCUCGCCGGCUUCCGCCGUGUGGUCCUCACCCGAGCCGCAGCCUCUGCAAUGGCAGGGCUCAGAACGGCGGUGACCAAUAGCACCUACAAGGAUAACCUGGGCUCCUGCCAGGUCCUCGUGGAGCACGACGGGCACAUCGAGAUGACACUCUUUGGCUUUGGCACCAGCGACUCCACCCGAAAGCUCUUGGACGAUUGUGCGCAGGCCAUGGGGCAGUUCGAGGAAGGGCGGAGAUUUACGGCAGUGGUGGACAUGACCAGAGGUAUUGGCUGUUCACCUUUGGCUGUGCCAACCAUUGUGAGCUUCUUGCAGCACCACGGCAGCAACAUCAGCCGCACGGCGGUGCUGGGCCCACGGCCACUGAUGGCCUUAGCGCAGAUGAUCUCCAAAGUGGCACGACAAGCGGGUGUGGCCUUCUUUACAGAUCGAUCAGAAGCAAAUCGAUGGUGUGCCGAAGAAGAUGCCUGAGCCGGGUCAGUUGGUGACAUCCAGAUGUUCGGGAUUCAGACCGGUCCG